AGAUAGGAAAGAGGGGGAGGACAGAAAGAGAAGAGGUGAGUGAUUGUGCCUUGCCACACAGACUUGAAGUGCAUUCUCCCUUGGAGACGGUAGCAAUGCUGGAGCUUUGCAUACCAGUGCAACUGUAGAGUCUCCACUUCACUCCCCCUGAGCUGUGUAGCUAUCCGGAGAGAAGGACAGCAUCAGGGACGUUGAGGACGCUGGACUGGAGACUUCCAGAAAGUCUGGACCGAAGACGACGAGUGGUCUGCUAACGGGAAGGGGGCUUUGAAGUGUGUGGAGACGAAACAAUCAGCAUUCUGAGAAUGCACCGAGGUAGCAGAGGGAGCUGCUGAGUGUUUUGGCUUGUGCACCCGCAUUCACACGCCCACACACACCUUCCACGGGAGGACAGUGUGUGGUGCCCCCAGUGGAGAAUGAAGAAGCACUCGGCCCGAGUGGCUCCUCUAAGCUCAUACAGCACGCAGGUCCUGACCUGCCCCAACUCUGAAGGAGAGGAUGAUUCGGAGUCUCGACCAGAGACCCCAGGCAGCGACAUCAGCAUUGAGACUCGGUCCUACCAGACAUGUGCCAACACAGUUCUGAAGGUGCUGGGUGGUCUUCUGAUGGUGCUGUGCGUGUCCUCCUCCUGGGUGGGUACCACUCAGGUGGUGAAGCUGACCUUCCAGUCAUUUUCCUGUCCCUUCUUCAUCUCCUGGUUCAGCAGCAACUGGAACAUCCUCUUCUUCCCCAUAUACUACUCCGGACAUGUUUUUACCACAGGCGAGAAGCAGACUCCCAUUCAGAAAUUUAGGGAGUGCAGUAAACUCUUUGGGGAGGAUGGAAUGACUCUCAAGCUGUUUGUUAAGAGGACAGCACCCUUCUCCAUCCUAUGGACACUGACCAACUACCUGUACCUCUUAGCAUUGAAGAAACUGACUGCUACUGACGUCUCUGCCCUCUACUGCUGCUACAAAGCCUUUGUCUUUCUCCUCUCAUGGAUCGUUCUCAAGGACCGGUUCAUGGGUGUUCGGAUUGUUGCUGCCAUAAUGGCCAUCACAGGUAUAGUCAUGAUGGCUUAUGCAGAUGGUUUUCAUGGUGAUUCAUUUGUGGGUGUGGCCCUGGCUGUGGGCUCUGCCUCAACUUCAGCUCUCUAUAAGGUUCUGUUUAAGAUGUUCCUUGGCAGCGCUAACAUUGGAGAGGUUGCUCAUUUUAUUUCAACAAUGGGCUUCUUCAACCUUAUUUUCAUCUCCUGUGUUCCACUCAUCCUCUACUUCACCAGGGUGGAGCACCUGGGCUCCUUGUCUUCACUACCCUGGGGUUACCUGUUUGGACUGGCAGGACUGUGGCUCGUCUUUAAUAUUCUGGUCCAUGUUGGCGUGGUGCUGACUUACCCCAUCCUCAUCUCCAUAGGGACACUGCUCAGUGUGCCUGGAAAUGCAGCUGUAGAUGUUUUGAAACAUGAGGUGAUCUUCAGCGUGGUGCGGCUGGCUGCCACCUGCAUCAUCUGCCUGGGGUUUCUCCUCCUUCUGCUGCCAGAGGAGUGGGACUCAGCCACCCUUCGAUUCCUUGCCAACAUUGCUGACAAGAAGUCAGAGGAAAACGGAGAGGAACUGACAGAGUCCAGUGGCCAGACUCGAAGUCGGAGUCGAGCAAACGGCACUGUCUCCAUUCCCUUGGCAUGAUACGGCUGGAUUCUCAUGAUAACAACAGUUAGCAAAUCCCUUGUGUUUCCUCUCUGAGGUUCUGGCAGAAAGCUCAGUCUGUGUGAACUUCUCAUUCAAGGGGACAGCAUCGACUAAGUUGAAAUGUAAAUCUUUUCUUUGCAUAAGUACCCCUGUCACUUCACAAAGGGAGAGGGGAACACUUAUGGAUCAUGCAAACCAGAAAAAGGCUGAAACUGGUAUUUACUGUGGAAAUAGUUGCAAUGUUCCAUCUUAUGUCCUGCACGCACCCAAAGCAAGAGUUGACUGGCUUCUCCUGAUAUGUUCUGCAGACUGUAUUCUGUGAAUAUAAAUUUUGGCAGGGCCAGUUUGGCUCAAUAUAUUUCUAUUUAUUUAAAUCUGUUCAAGCCAGAGUAUUGAUUUUAAGUCUAAGCAGUCCUACUGAUAAGAAUGGCUAUCCUACUGUGUGUAAUGCAGAAGGUCUUUGGGUUUUAUAAUAAAAGACUUGAUACCUAUAGAGAUUGUGUUUCUAGUUGAAGAAAGAGUUCAGGUUAAAGUUGCAUGGUGGUGUUAUAUUUUGUUUCAGCACAACAUUUUUUAUUCAAAUUGUUAAGCAUUAUGGUGGAAGGGCGAUGAUUUGUGCUCGUUUUGGAUACACAGAAUUUAGUCUCCUUGCAGUCUUUGUAAGAACCACAAACUCCUUUGUUUAUUAAUGUUUUCUAGAGUAAUGAGGUGCCGACUUUCUGUCAAUUGAAGUAUUAUUUUUGGCUCAUUUUUAGCCAAUGGGAAAAUGGAAAAAUCUACUGUUUGGGAUGGUAGAAAUACUUAACAAACAGCUUCUUGAUUUUAUUCCUUGGUAAGAUGCAAAAGAGGUUUUAUUAACAUAAUUAUUGUCAAAUUCUAUUAAAAUAUAGGUCCCAGUAGGUGGUCAAAUCCUGUAUGAAGUGUUAACAAGAAGAACCAAACAAUAUUAAAAAAAUAAUCUGAGGUAUUCCCAAAUCUGAAUGUUUGUCCAAACACCUUUUGACAUGAUUAUAGUUUCUGUCACUUUACAAUUGGUUCUGACACACAUUCACACUCCCAGGAGGAACAGCAGAGCAAAGCAUCAUAGACCACAGUCAGUGAGUCGAGACCUCUAAUGAGCCAUUUGCUGAGAUGACACUUCCAACUAUGCAGUUUAGGUGACAUUUUAACAUAUUAAAAUAAAUGAGGCAGAAAAGGGCAAAUAAUCUAUAAUGUUCAUAUAUUAACUCCAUGAAUGCCACUUUUUUUUAUUAGAUGUGUUUUAUUUAGUGAAGUGAAGUGAAGUUCCAUCAACUAACAUUGAAUUGAUGAAGUAAGCAGAAAGUAGGAAAUUGGUCAAAUUGAAUUCAAGAAUUAGUCCAAAUUACUUUUUAAAGAGCUCAUGCGAGUCUUCCUAACUUGUAUUUAGAUGACAAGCACCUUUUAGAUUGGUGUGUCUAUCUUUCUUUGGUUUUGCAGAUUACCUCCACAUGGAGCUAAGUUAGAAGUGUCACUACUCAGAUGCAAAGCAUAUUCCAAAAAUAAUAAUAUAUGAAGCUGUUUUUGAAGUGUUUCGCCAUGAGUUCACAUCAAUAUACACAGAUACAGUGAAGAUAUGAUUAAGUUAUUUUUUUCAGCAUGGAGAGGGAAAUUUAUCAGAAUUUAUGGGAAGAUGGGUGAAGAUAAAUACAACUGUGGAAAACACUGCAAAAGAGCUGAAGCUGAAGUGAAGGUUCAACUUCUUGCUGAACUACAACGCUAAACACAAAGAAAGAGCUACAACAGAAUGGUUUAAUAAAAGCAUUUUAUGUAUUACUUUGUCCAGGUCAAAGUGUAGAUGUUAAUCUAACUGAGAGUCCAUAGAAAGACGGGUUUCAUCCAGUCUGUCUGAGGUUGAACUGUUUUACAAGAAGUUAUAAUUGGAGGAGAUUGCU